CAAUACAUCAGUCUCUUUAGUUAUGCAAAUCAAUAAAUGUAAAUGAAAAUCUUGACCAGAAUUGACCUACACAUUAGCAAGCCGCGUACUUCUAGUGAACGUUCUUCAAGGUUUAUCGAGGUUUGACGCAUUUAUGGCSGGAAACGAGAGCAGCAGUGCAUGAGAAAGGAAGCGUGAACAGUUAAAACUGAGCUAUAGAUUUACAACCGACAAUUCAAGCCAGGGAAUUCGAUUUUUUUUUUGGAAGAUUAUAUCUGUGGUUGAAUCGCCAGUUGUGUACAGGAUGAAUAACUCUACACUUACCAACCAAACCCUGCCUGUUCCUAUGGUAACCAGCGCCUACCCCCUCAACCAAGACCCUCAGUUGGAACACUGGGAAGUGAUGACAGUAGCAGCGUUCUACGGUAUUGUUGGGUUAGCAGUAAUAAUCCCUAACUAUCUAACUGUCCGUGCCUUGUUUACAACCAAGGCUCUUCUCUACCGCCAAAAGCACUUGAUCGGGAACAUGGCCACGGCGGACUUUCUAGUAGGAUUUGUAUCUAUCCCAGCUUUUCUCUACAACUUGGUAAAAUGGCCGAGUUUUGGGUUCGUUAUUUACGAAGGGAUGGAUUCAUUUGCGGGUUUUCUCAGCAUAUUUUCUCUUGCCGCAAUUUCUGUUCAAAGCUUUAAUGAAGUCGUGUUGUCCCAGCCCCAAAACAUGCCUCCAAGCUUGUGCCAUCAGAUUCUUAUUGUGUUCUCGAUCUGGGUGGCCGCGGGCCUUGGAGCAGCGUUAAACGUCGUCUGCGUAAUGGAUCUAUUCCCUCAAUAUUUUACAUUCGUUCACUACUUCUACUUCCUCGUCGUCUUCCUCUGUACCUCAGGCCUCAUUAUCUUAGUAACAUGUUUUUCUGUCAUGGCUAAGACUUGCUACAAAGCGAAACAAAUGGAAGAAAAGCAUACCAAAGAUGAUGCUAAURCCUUCAGCUCCAUCUUUACAGUCAUGUUGGUCUACAUCGUUUUCUGGAUGUUUCCUUAUAUCUAUUUCACGUAUAAUCGCGUCUGUAAACUCUGUACCCCUUCUAUGGAUGCCAAGUUCUUCUAUAUCAUCAGAAUCUUCAUGUAUAUGAAGUGCAUAUUCAACCCUAUCAUCUUUUUUAAUAAAAUUUUAUACUUUUCGGGUGCAAUCAUGAGGAUCCUUACUCGUGAAUGUUUCGGAAUGUCUUAUCAUUGACUUCGGAACUCACAGACUCUAGUCGUCCUGGGAAUUCAUAAAAAAUGAACUGCUGGGAGUCACUGACGUCAUUUCCUGUCUCGUGCGUAACUGGUGUUCAUCAGCUGAAUUACAAGUUUGCAAUAGAAUCUUUCUCGCUGACAGCACAUGGUGGUCAGUGUUUGAACACCAUUCAGAGCAGAUAAUGAUAUUGAAAGACUUUUAUUAAAGGAUUGAAACCCAGAAGCUGAAGCUGCUUAAGACUUUUUAAACUGAAUUUUUUGCACGUUUGAAUUGAUCAUUUUUACGACUUUAUCUACAAAUAUUUUAGAGCUUCGAUCGAUUGACGCAAUAACCUUCMUUCACUAAUUUAAAGCAUUAGUCCACGCCUGUCUCGCUGGCAAAAGUGAACGUAACUGAGACCUCUGGAGACGUAUGCUAAAUAACCAAUCUUCCUGGACGGAAUAGCUGAUCAAUAGCUGAAUAUAUGCAUGAAGUAUUAACUAUGAGAACAUUUUCAUUUUAAUGGAUCGAAGCUGAUUUGCACGAAGCCUUUAUUUUGCACACUUUGUAAAUUGAACCUAGGGUGUCGUAGCGAUAGUAGACUCACGCGGUCGCCUCUCACUUCAAUUUAGUCUCGGUAUUACACGUGGCUAGAGUUUCUUUAGGUCUCUUUCUUCAUUCGAGGGUUGGUUUUUCUCCGGGUUCUCCGGAUUUCCGCUCUCCGCAAAACCUAAAACGUUAAAUCCCAACCACACAGGUUGUUUCGGGUAUCGAUAAAAUUUAAAUGUCURAAGACCGUACAGGAAUCUCCUGUGCAUUGAAAAUUUUCUUGAAGCAAAGCUUCACUAAAAAUAGCUAAAUUUUAAAAAUUUAAAACAAGUUUAUAAGUUUACAAAGCUAAUCGCAAUUAAUGGGUAUCGCUUUUUGAAGCCCAUUUUCAGGGCAUUUUCUAGUUUUAUUUAUAUUUUGCUUCAGCAAAAUGGCUAAGCAAAAAAUGGUUAGCGGAAAAUUCAAAUUUGUACGUUUUUUCUAUUCUACUUCAUUGAUUAAAUCACCGCAAGUUUAAAAGCGCAUGCGCAGAACACGAUUUUAAAACAUAUCUUACGAAUCCUUUCUUGGCCGGGAGACACUGGUAUCAAGARUGUAAAGAACUGUCGAAUAUCAAUAAUACGGAAGAACGCAUGCGCAAUAAUUGACUUGAAAAAUCAUAGUGCACAGGCACGGUCAUGGUACGAUUGCUUGCCAUCCAAUCGAAUUGCUAAGAUGGCCCCUUCAUGGCUAUCACUAUCAUAAGCGUCGUUAGUUCUCGUGGGUUUUCCACGCUCAAGGCCAAGAGAGAUUUUGAAAGAGAGUGAAAUCUUAUUUGUAUAUUUAACUAUGCACUUGCACUGGAAUAAAAAUAAAUAAUCUAAAAUUAUCGUUGAACUAAAGACUAUCCAUCUGGUGAAGAUUGUUAUAAAGAUAUAUCCUGGUUUUGAGCUAUAAUAUAAUUACUGCAAAUAAUACUAAAUACUAAUAUGGUAGAAAUAGGCACUUUGCAGUUAACGGUYACAUGUCUGUACUGGAGAGUAAAUUUUUUGUUAUUUUAAAUUGGUGAUUCUUUUUAGCUACUUGUAAAGAACCGAAUGAAACGAUGUGUAACCAGUGUGUUACGAAAUACAGUUUUGUUACGAUCUCUGGAAACAGGGCGUAGAAAUUGCGUUUGCUCACCAGUAUAUUUUACCCAUGGGAAUCAAGAUGAUCAUUCAUUUGCUCUCAGUAAAUUAAUCAGUACGUGAUUACUGAGCUGCAAAGGGCCUAAUUCUCUAGGAUUUCUUAUGGAAUGACAUAUAAUACUCAAGGGAAUGACUUGUGGUCUGAAAUGGGAAACAUUACGACCAAGCCAAAAGUGUCCAUUCUCUUGAACUUAAACCUGAAACUCUUAGUAUUUCUUGACGUAAAAAUGUUUUUUCUGUAUCAAUUUUUUUUAUAGUAUAGGAAAUUAAAACUACRCACACUUCAUGUGGUACAUGUAGUAUCUGUAUUGAUGUUAUACAUCGGUCAUUGCCUUACAGAAAUAAAUGUUCAAAGCACA